UCACCUUGUCACUUUUUACUUGCACAGUAUCCAAUUUGUGUGUGAGCGACAGCAGGAAAACCAGCAGAGAAUUUCUGUUCUCUGCAAGGAGGCAGGACUGGACUGAGAAUGGGGAGCCUCUUUGAUUUAACCACCAGAGGACUCUGCUUCUGAAACAGAACCUUUACAGAUGCACAGACUGUCUGCAGGGAUCUGCUGCCUCAUUCACAGGAGACCCAGGGUGAAGGCCUAGAGCCAGCAGAGUCCCUGUGGACUUCUUUUGCUGAUGGCAGAGUCAAACUGAGAAUAGAUAACUCAUGCCCACAGACUCCCAUAACAGUUCAUCAGAUGUUCAAGGAGAGCCUGGAAAAAUAUGGAUCCUUGAAUGCUUUGGCCAGCAAAAGGAAUGGAAAAUGGGAGAAAAUAACUUUUGCAGAAUAUUAUUGCCUCUCUAGGAAAGUGGCCAAGAGCUUCUUGAAGCUUGGUCUUGAACGAUUCCAUAGCGUAGCAAUCCUUGGAUUUAAUUCUCCAGAAUGGUUCAUCUCAGCUGUUGGAGCUGUUUUUGCUGGAGGAAUUGUCACAGGAAUAUAUACAACUAAUUCUCCAGAGGCCUGUUACUACAUGGUUAAUGACAGCAGGACUGAUAUCAUGGUUGUGGAAAAUCAGAAACAGCUGGACAAGAUCAUGCAGAUCUGGAAUCGCUUGCCACACUUGAAGGCUGUGGUGCUGUAUAAGGACUCCAUUGCAGAGAGACAUCCAAAUUUGUACACGAUGGAAGAGUUUCUGGAGCUGGGAGGUGACGUGUCUGAUAGCACUUUGGAUGACAUUAUUAACUCCCAAAAGCCGAAUCAGUGCUGUGUUCUGAUAUACACCUCUGGGACAACUGGGAAGCCAAAAGGAGCCAUGCUGAGUCAUGACAAUAUAACUUGGACAUCAGCCCAUUGCAGCAGAGCAGGAGGUAUGCAACCUGCAGAGGUGCAGCAGGAGUCUAUAGUCAGUUAUCUCCCCCUCAGCCACGUAGCUGCUCAGAUGUAUGAUCUGUGGACUGGAAUCAAAUGGGGAGAGCAAGUUUACUUUGCUGAGCCAGACGCUCUAAAGGGCAGCUUGAUCAACACACUAAAAGAAGUGCAGCCAACAUCUCACAUGGGAGUUCCCCGAAUAUGGGAGAAAAUCAUGGAGAAGUUUCAGGAUGCUUCUGCUCAGUCAGGAUUUAUGAAGAAGAAAAUGCUGUCCUGGGCUAUGUCACUUAGCUUAGAGAGGCACCUGAUGGGCUCAAAUAGCAGUGGUCUCCAGCAGCUCUGGACAAGAUUAGCAGACUACUUAGUGCUUGCAAAAAUCCGCAGUGCCCUGGGGCUCUCUUCCUGUCAGAAGCACUUUUCUGGCGCUGCUCCUCUCAAUACAGAAACACUGGAUUUUUUCCUGGGUCUGAACAUCACCCUGUAUGAGGCCUAUGGCAUGAGUGAGACCACAGGCCCACAUUGCCUGUCUGGGCCUUACAUUUACAGGCAGCACAGCUGUGGUAAACCACCACCUGGAUGCAGAGUGAAACUGGUGGACAAAGAUGCAGAAGGCAAUGGAGAAAUCUGUUUCUGGGGAAGGACUGUUUUCAUGGGUUAUUUAAAUAUGGAAGACAGAACAAAAGAAACCUUUGAUGAGGAGGGGUGGCUGCAUUCUGGAGAUUUAGGAAAGCUAGACAAGGAUGGCUUUCUCUAUGUCACUGGAAGAAUUAAAGAUUUGAUUAUUACAGCUGGAGGUGAAAACGUGCCUCCGAUUCCAAUCGAAGAUGCUGUUAAAAAAGAACUCCCAAUUGUUAGUAACGCUAUGGUGAUUGGAGAUAAGAAGAAGUUUUUGUCAAUGUUCCUGACCCUAAAGAGUGUGCUGGACCCAGAUACAUCUGAUCCUACUGACAUUCUCACAGAGCAAGCCAGAGACUUCUGCCAAAGGAGUGGCAGUAAUGCCACCAGAGUGUCCGAGAUUGUAGCCACAAGAGACCAAGCGAUCUACAGAGCCAUCCAGGAGGGAAUCAACAGAGUCAACAGCACUGCUACCAACAGGGUUCAUUGCAUUCAGAAAUGGAUCGUCCUGCCAAGAGACUUUUCCAUUUCUGGUGGGGAACUAGGUCCCACAAUGAAGCUGAAGCGGCUCGCUGUGCUCGAGAAAUACCGAAAUGAAGUAGACUCCUUCUAUAAAGAAUAAAAAGUGUUUCCUCCAACCAUUAAGACCUGUAAGAAAAAGGAAGUAUUUUCUCAUCAAAAGCAUUAACAAAGAUUUAUGGUUUGAGUUUGUAGUCUAUUGAACCAAACCUCUAGAAAGCUGCUGUCAAUUUAGUUGUUCUUGAUACUCACCUGAUCAUUUGUCUUCUUUUUACAGGAGCCUCUACAGUGUGUCCAUUCUCUAAUACUGCUUUUACUUUGACCUAAAUGACCUAAAACAUCCUUCUAUGUCGUAUAAAGCAGAUAUAACUAAUUCCUCUAGAUUGAAACAUAAAGUUUUCUAUACAGUC